GCGAGUCGCCUAUUUAGGGUGCGGCGGCGGGUGAGAGCGGUGCGCCCAUGGCGGCCCUGGGGGACGAGGUGCUGGAUGGUUACGUGUUCCCAGCGUGCGCCCCCUGCUCGUACCCGUACCCCAACCCGGCGGCCACCAAGGUCAGGGGCGCGGCGGGCGGCAGCUGGCAGCACCGCGGCGGGGGCUGCCUUCCCGCCUCCUCGUCCUCCUCCCCCUUCUCGGCGGGUGCGGCCUCGUCGUCCUUCCCGGGCUGCAGGCAGCUGACCGCCGCCGAGUACUUCGACAGCUACCAGCGGGCGCAGCUCAUGGCCCUGCUGGCGCAGGUGGGGCCUGGCCUCGGGCGGCGCGCCCGCGCCCGCAGGGUUGGCAGCUGCGAUGUGGCGGUGCAGGUGAGCCCGCGCGUGGACGCCGCGGUGCAGUGCUCGCUGGGGAGGCGCACGCUGCAGCGCCGGGCCCGCGACCCCCAGUCCCCGGCCGGCCCCGGCGCCCAGGGCGCAACCGGCCGCGGCAGCUCUCACUCCCAGCCGCCGGCUCGCCGGGUCCCGGAGCAGGGCAGCCUCCUGAGCGGCGCCCUGCGGCCCGUGCGCUUUCCGCGCACCGUCGCCGUGUACUCGCCCGUGGCCUCGCGCCGCAUCACCGCCUUCCUGAGGGGGCCCGGGCCCAGGGCCGCGGCGGGGGAGCAGAGGUCCGGGGCGUCGGACGGAGAGCAGGGGUCGCGGUCCGUGCGACUUCGAGGCCCAGAGGAGGGAGAGGCGUCGGCGAGCAAGGUGCCCCGACGGCCGCAGUCCGAGGACGACGGCGAGGCCCAGGCCGCGGUCCGGGAGAGCUGGGAGCUGCCGGGCGACGGCCCCGGGCUGCCGCCGCGGGAGGCCCAGGAGGGCUCGGCGGCUCGGCGGUCAGCGCUAAGGAGCCCGGGGCCGUCUCCGCCGGUGGGGAGGGCCCGAGACGGCGGCGACGGGCGGGAGGCGGCCGCCGCCGGAGAGAGGCAGUCGCCACGGAGCCCGGAGCCGUGCAAGGAGCGGCUGCGCUUCCAGUUCUUAGAGCAGAAAUAUGGCUAUUACCACUGCAAGGACUGCAACAUCCGAUGGGAGAGUGCUUAUGUGUGGUGUGUACAGGGAACUAACAAGGUUUACUUCAAACAGUUUUGCAGAACUUGUCAGAAGUCUUAUAACCCUUACCGAGUGGAGGAUAUCGCCUGUAAAAGUUGUAAACAAACUAAAUGUUCCUGCCCAGUAAAACUUCGCCACGUGGAUCCUAAACGGCCCCACCGUCAAGAUUUGUGCGGGAGAUGCAAAGGCAAACGCCUGUCCUGUGACAGCACUUUCAGCUUCAAAUACAUCAUUUAAGUGAAAGCGUUGCUGUGCUGACGGAGGAAGUGAGCUUUUCUGUGCCUCUUCUCUCCCUUCUCAAAAUGCUUCGUGAAAGGCAGUGUAUUCUGAAAAAGCCUUCCAAUAAAGGUAUUUGCAACAC